GAAGAGGCGGCUCCGAGUCCAGAGCGGGCUGCUGGUCCGCGCCGAGGCGGGACUGGCAGAGGCGGCGCCGCGUUCGCAUGGACGCCACUUCGCCUGGCUUCGCUCCCGGGCGCGGCCCUUCUGUCCCAACCGGGCCAGCCGUCUCCCUCUCUCCCUCCUCCCUGCCCAGGAUGCUCCCCAGCCCCGCCACCUCCACCCCGUUCUCCGUCAAGGACAUCCUGAAACUGGAGCAGCAGCAGCAGCAGCAGCGGCGGCGGCGGCAGCAGCAGCAGCAGCAGCAGCAGCAGCAACGUCUUGGGGGCCCCCUCGAGCCUCCUUUCCCCCCGGCCGCCGCCGCCGCCGCCGCCACGGGUUCCUCCUGCCUGCUGAGUUGCCGCUUCUCAGACGGGGAGGACGACGAAGAGAACGAGGAGCAGCAGCCCUUCCUCACCUCCAUGGCGGCGGCAAAGAGCCAAGGGGACGGGGGCUUCUCCCCCGGCAGCUACGUGCAGGCGGUGCUGCGGGGCACCUGCGAGCCCAAAGGCCUGGUGGAGGAGGCAGAGCCGGAGCGGGACUCGGUAACCGGCAAGGAGCCCGCGGAGGAGGCGUCGGAGCGUCCCAAGGCGCGCAGCCGGAGGAAGCCGCGGGUGCUCUUCUCGCAGGCGCAGGUAUUUGAGCUGGAGAGGCGCUUCCAGCAGCAGCGCUACCUUUCCGCUCCUGAGCGGGAGCUCCUGGCCAGCAGCCUCAAGCUCACCUCCACGCAGGUCAAGAUCUGGUUCCAGAACCGGCGCUACAAGUGCAAGCGGCAGCGGCAGGACAAGGCCCUGGAACUGGGCGGCCCGGCGUCUGGGGCGGCCCAGCAGCCUUCAGCGCCGCCACCGCCACCGCCCCCGCCACGCAGGGUGGCGGUGCCGGUGCUGGUGAGGGACGGCAAGCCAUGCCUCGGUGGCUCGCAGGCCUACAGCGCACCCUACAACGCUUCCGCCGCCUCCUACACGUACAACGGCUUCCCCAAUUAUGCCUACAGCAGUUCCUCCGUUGCAGCCUACGGCACCAGCUACAGCUGCAGCUAUCCCGCGGGCAACAGCGUGAGCCCCUCGGUGCAGCCGCCGGCGGGGCCAUACAUGAACAUGGGCGCCUUCCCCAGCGGAGCUCAGCCCUUGCACCAGGGGGCCGCCGGCUCUUCCUGCACUCAGGGCAUCCGGGCCUGGUAGGCAGCGCAGCUCCUGGAAUGUCGCGGGCCGGAGGGCCGCUGAUCCUCCGCAGCCACUCGGCGGCCUGGCUGGGACCCUUUGGGGAGAAAGUGAGCGACGCCUGGG